AUGAGUGACCGCGAUGGAUCGCAUGGCUCAGACUCUCAGUUGGGAGACAAAGUAGAUAAAAGCACGAGGACACCAUCACAACCAAUGCCCACGGGAUCCAGAUCGAGUAGUCACAGCUAUUAUGCCAGCGAACCAAUACAGUUCAGAGUCAGGGGCUCUACAAUAACUGGUGCAUCACCACCUAAGUUUGUGACUCUUGAGGAUGUAAUGAAAGCUGCGCAUGGAAUGCAAAACAUGGCCCUAGCUCAUGAGAUUGCUGUGGAUCAAGAUUUUAUGCUUGAACCAUUUGAACCACCAGACAAUAGCUAUCAAAAAUUGGUUAAAGAAACUAUGCACAAGGCAUAUUUCGACAUACUGAGGGAGCAAUUAAAUUUGGAUCCACCAGAAUACAAACAAGCCCUGAUUUUGCUUGAGGAUGUGAAACAGGGAUUGUUCUCAAUACUUCUUCCACGACACACGCGUAUAAGAGAAAUGAUAGAGGAGGUCUCU